GAUGAUGAAACUUGUUGACGUACGCGCGUAAGUUUGUCUGACUCUUUUCCCGCCCACGGCUCACGAUGUUCAGAUGCAGCGCAGACGAAGGCGAGAUGGCGACGAAAACGCAGAAAGUUGUCACUCAUGCAUAUGUGCGAUAUUUGCAAGACCACCAAAAGGAAAUAGUGAGUGUUAAUUAUAUUAAACACUUCAACCCAAAACACGAUAAAGACUAUGCCGUAGACCGAGCGUACAUGGUAAAGUGGAUGGAUGCGAACGGCGGAAAGAAAGAUGAACGUCGUGAUUCAAAUUGGUUCAAGGCUCAAAUCCUCAUGCUUGGAGGAUCAGAAGAGGAACUCGAGAAUAGAAUUGAAAAAGGGAGGGUAAAGAUAAGCAAAGUACUCGAUACCAGUGUUGAAAGUUCGUCUGAUGAAGAUAUCUCAUUGUCUCAAAUUGCCAAGCAAAGGGAAAGAAAACAGGACAUUUCUAUGUCAAAAGAGAAUCAGCUGAAGCUAAUAAUAGAAGAAAAAAGACGACAGAAAUCUCCACCAUUUCAAAGUACAGCUCCCAAGAGGUGUGAUGAGCUAAAGGAGCUCAAGAGAAAAAAUGAUGUUCUCCAACUGCAGUUGGAUGAGUACCAAUGCCUAAAUAAGAAACUUCAAAAGUUGUUGCAUGCAAAGCUAGACAAAGGUGUCAUUCAUAUUACAACUUCAACCAAGGCUACCAAAACACCAUUAUCACCAGCAGCAGCAUCAAACUCAGCACCAGCAUUUGAGUCAGUAGCAGCAACAACAUCAGCUGCAUCAGUGGCUGAACCUGAUGAAGAACCUCAGUUGUAUUGCAAGUCAGGUGAUAAGAUUCACCUUGGCAGUGGCAUAUUUAUCCCUACUUUCAAGUGGGAAAUGUUACAGCUCCAGAAAAAAAACUCAAUUUUUGUGAAAAAUUUGGCAGUUUCUGUAUGGGGUUGUGAUGUCUUGAAAGCUAGAUCUGUUGACGGCAAGAUAUGCCCACGUUAUCCUGAAUCUACUCCAAAACCACCAUUAAAGGUGCAAACUGUUAAAAGAUGUUAUGUAGACCGACUGAAGACCAUGCAAUUAAGUACUGAAGAAUUCAAAUCUGAAGAGCGAAAGUUCAAGAAGUACCUUACUGAAAAGAUAAUGGAUUUGAAUAGAAAGAAAUAAUAGAACAAAACCUUGAUAUACACAGCACUUUUCACUUUAAUGGCAACUGACCCAACCUGAUGUUUGUAUUACAGUAUUUUGAAGCGACUGACGUCAAGUCACUUAUGUUACACAAUUAAAGUUUUUAAUUAAAAUGCGUAUGUUUAAAA